CGAUUUAAGCCUAAUAAUUUUUGAAGGCCAUAGCAAUGACGAUAGACGAUGAGAGCUCGAUAUACGUCGGAGGCCUUCCCUACGACGCUACCGAGGACACCGUUCGCAGAGUCUUCGAUCCGUACGGUGAAGUCGUCGCUGUUAAGAUUAUUAAUGAUCGCAGUACUCGAGGAAAAUGCUAUGGUUUUGUUACCUUUACAAAUCCCCGAUCCGCGAUCAGUGCCAUCAAUGACAUGAAUGACAGGACUUUUGAUGGGCGAGUUCUUAAAGUGAAUGGAGUAAAGACUCGAGGUGGAAGAUCAAACUUCAGUAGAGAAAGCUUUCAACGUUAUGUUGAGAGGGGCACCAACUGGGGUAGAGGUAGAGAUCAAGAAAGGGAUUAUGAUCGUGAUAGGGAUCGGUAUCGGGAUCGAAACAGUGAUUUGUCUAGAGAGCGUGAUCGAUCUCGAGACCAUGAUCAGGAGAGAGAAAAAGUAUAUGACCAUGCACGUGGUCGUGAACGAGCAAGGGACCAUUUCCAUAGUAAAGAUCGAGAUCAAGACCAAAAUAUGGUGGAUAAUGGGCAAGAGCACGGCAGGAACCGUGGCCGGGAUUGGGAAAGAGACCAUGAUUUGGAUUGGGAACGUGGAGAGCAGUUGGACAGGACCAAUGGUCAUGAUAAAAGCAUUGACAUGGAUAGAGAUCAACAGUCAAAGAGACAGAAUGGUUUUGUUAUCAAUGAUAGAAGGAGUAGAGAAAUUUCAGCAGAGUCAUGUGAUGCUCACAACAAUCAGGUAAAGGUAGAAUUGGAGAGAUCAAUUCAAGGGCUUGAUGAACUCAAAAAGGAGACUUCUCAGAUGGAAGAGACGUUAGAAGAAAAAGAGAAACUUGUUUUGGAUUUACAGAAAAAAGCAAAGAAAUUGGAGGAUGCGUUGAUUGGUUCAAAGAAGCACACUUCAUACCGUCAAGUGCAGUUGAACAAGCUGUAUAAAUGUUUUCUGAAAGAAAAAGAUUACUCUGAAAGACUUAAAAGAUGUGAAGAAGAACUCCAGGCACUUGUGGACGCAGCAAUGUUGGAAACUGAUGAUGGUGAUUUUGGCUCAAGGGAUGGGGUCCUAACAACUGGCAAUGCAUGAUGGCAUGAUGGAGGAUAUAUGGUGGCACAUAGUAUUAGCUCAAAAUUUCUCUUGCAGGCUCUUGUUGAUACAACAAUUUUAGUUUAUUGGUGAUGGUGUUGGCUUGAGGGGAUGGGGUCCUAACAAAUGGCAAUGCAUUAUGCCAUGUUGAAGCUGUAGCGUUCGAGAUAUGCAUGACACCUUUUAUAUUUUAGGGUUAGAAUCUGUCAUACAUUUGAUGAUGGUAGUAUGUAGCUUUUGCCUUUUGGUAUGGAUAUGUUAAGGUUGUUGUACUUGUAGAUAUUAAUUUCAAAUCAACUUAUCAAAAAGAGCUUGUACUAAUCGAUGAUUUUCAUACUAUCAA